AUUAUGAUUUUGGAAGCUGGAAUUAUGAAUUUCCUCUCCAAAACAUUAAUUGCUUUAUUGCUAUUAUCAAGGACCGUAGAUGCUAGAGGUGGAGGAAGAGGUGCUGGGCGUGGCGGAUUUAGAGGCAGAGGUUCAGGAUUACAUCGUGGUGGAGGUGGAUAUGGAAGUUAUGGAAUAUUUCAAAAUUCAGCUUCGACUGUUUCAUCUGGAACUUAUUCAGAUCCUUGGCCAUCUGCUUAUGGAACAACGUUUGAUGACAAUGGUCCUCCUGAAGACUCAUACAUCUACAAUAAUUUCUAUAAAGAUUGGGAUUCUAAUAAGUUCCUAAUAAAUUCUCUUUUUUAUGGAGUGGGGAUGAAAAAAACUGGUCCAGAAGAAACAAAAAAGAAUUAUGACUCAAUUGGUUUGGAAGAUUUUUAUAGAAGAUGGAAUGAUGAACAGGAUAAAGAAUGGAGAACUUCUACCAGAGCUCCAUAUUUCGAAAAUAAAAUUCCAGGUGAUCAAAAACUAUUUCCAGCUAGUGCUGUUGUUGGUGCUGCAACAGCAUUUGGCUUAGUUUCUCUACUUCCACUAAACGUGCCAACAGGAAAGCCUCUCAUGUACUGUGGAACCACGAAUUUAAUUCAAUCAUCAAUACGAAUCAACGAUAUCGACAAUUAUGUUUGCAGAAAAAGGACACUUUUUAAGGUUACAUGCAAAACAGAUUAUCAAAAAAAAUUAGAAGAUAAAUGUGAAAUGAAGGAAGUGGAGUGUGACUUAGAUGAUAAAGUUUCCAGAAAAUUUUACUGUAUACAUGGAACACUGUUAAGUACAAUGUCAAUUUUCUGCAAUUCAACGACGUCUGUUCAUAAAAAUAAGUUAAAUAAACAAUCAAUUAUAAAAUGUUACGAAGGUCAAUUACCAAAAAGUCAAACUUCAUUCAUUCCUACAACCACAUCAACAACAGAAUUUCCAAUAACAUCAACAACUCCUAAACCUUUGUCUUUAAGUGCUAAUGUUCAUAUUUUGCUUUUAAAAUUAAUGGGGAAAUCGGAUGUUUUGGAACCAGAAACCUAUCUAUCUUCUGAAAGUAAUGCAUGGCGUCCAAUAGCACUUCAAUUUCCUCCUGAAACGACAACUGAAAAAGUCAAAACAACAACAACAAGAGUCCCAUACGUGUGGAUGGAAAUUGUAUUUGAUAAUAGUACUGGAGUAACAUCAUAUCAGCCAAUUUCAAAGCAUCUGAAUGAAGAUCCAACUUAUAUAUCCUCAAAUUUGUUUAAAGUUUAUACGACAUCUACCGAGCCAUAUGUUGAAACUACAACAAAAUCAAUGACAACAACUCAAAUUCCUUAUAUUUGGAUGUCAAAAAGUGCUGCAACUGACAAAAAUCGAGAACCAUUACUUGUACCGGUUCCAGAAAGCAUGAUUGAAGUUGCAGAACUGUUCAAUUACUAUCCUAAGAGUUGGGUUAAAGUUCCAGUGACCAAAAAUGAUGAUACAACGACAACAAAGUCAUGA